AUGGCAUACAAAACCCAAUGCUCCCUCUUUCUCUUGGCUUCUCUUCUCUUACUAGCCUUAGCUAACGGAGUUGCAGCAGCACGUAGUGUACCAAACAAUCCCAAGACAGUAGUUGACAAGAAACAACCCGAGUAUCUGGUUGAUCACGACGGCACUGUUCUGGUUCCUGGCUUUGGACGUGUAAUGCUGCCACCACCUCACGGCCAUGGUAUCGGACACCCCUCUUACAAGAACUACAAUCCAAUCACCGGCACUUAUGCUCCUCCAAAACACAUUGGCGGUGUCAUUGGCGGUGUCAUUGGCGAUAUCAGUGGCAGACCAAAGCGUAAGUACAUUCCUGGUGCUGAUGACACAUUCAUCCCCAACCCUGGUUUUGAGGUCCCCAUCCCUGGCCGCGGCGGUGCUCCUACUUCUGGCUCUGCCUCUGUCACUGCUACUGGCAACCCCUGAUCAUGUUGUUAGCUGAUCUCUUGUUCUUAAUUUAGCUUGGCUUGACAAUCAUAGCCCUGUUAUCUAUCAAUCUAUAGCUUUUUGUUUGCUCACUCUGUAUUUGAGGUUUAAGGAGUCUAGAUCAAUGUAUUGCUUUUCUAAUAAGGUAGUAAGUUAGUUUGAGUCUGAGUGUGCCGUAGUUAAGAUUAGUUCAUGGUCUUUUGUGUAGUGUUGUUCCUUAGCAAUAUGUAAUGAUAUCAGUGUUUAUCUUCUCUA